UACAAAAGUUUAUGCAGCUCCUUCCGUUGCAUCAAGAAUUGGCACUCUUAUAAAACAAUAGGAAAUCUUGCUAUUGCUGAAUGCAUAAAACAGAAUAAAUUUCAAAAAAAAGUAGACAUAGAAAACUUUUUAAAGUUGCUACAAGAAGAUUUUGGCGUAUCUGUCAAUAAAACUGUUGAAGAAAGCAUAUUACAAGCUAAGCGCUAUCAAUUACAAGAAUUACCUCCGUUAGAAGAUAUAAAAUUAUUGCACAAUUUUUUACAAACUAAUAGGCGUUUGGCAUUUCAACGUCUCAGUGACACAUUUACUUAUGAUAACUGGCGGCAACUGGCACAAUUUACUCUAAUUUCGGUUCAAGUAUUUAAUAGACGAAGAGCCGGAGAAAUUGAACGCAUUUUUAUCGAUGAUUAUAAGCACCAAGAAGGUAUAAAUGAACAAACAAAUCCAGAUUUAUACGAAUCUUUAUCACCUGAAGCUCAAAAAAUAGCUAUGAAAUACGUAAGAUUUGUUAUUAGAGGAAAAUUAGGAAGACCUGUACCUGUUCUUUUGGAUUCCGAAAUGAAAAGUUGUAUAGAUUUGCUCUUACAUUACCGUAAAGAAGCAAAAAUACCCGAUGCAAACCCAUACAUCUUCGCUUUACCAGGUUACGAUAAAAAGAGGUUUAGAUAUAUAAGAGCUUGUGAUUUAUUACGCACAUAUUCUGUAGCGUGUGGAGCAAGUAUGCCUCUUAGAUUAAGAGGUACAAAGCUUCGUAAGCAUAUUGCAACAAGAUGCAUUACACUAAAUCUAUCAGAUCCUGAAGUGACAGAAUUGGCAAAUUAUCUAGGCCAUAACAAAAACAUCCACAUGCAACAUUAUCGUCAAUCUCUUCCACAAUUUGAAAUAGUUAAAAUGUCUCGGUUACUUAAAAUGGCACAAGGUGAAGAUGAUGAUUUUCAACAAAAUGAUAAAGAAAAUAACUCGCAAAUUAACAUUGAUAAUUUGAUUACAAAUGAAUUUGAGACUAAUGGAAGUGGAAAUAGUGAUAUAGAUAUUGAUGUAGACAAUGAUUAUGUAGACACAAAUUCAACUUGUGGGGCUAAUAGGAAAAGACGAAGCACAUCGCCAUAUGGUACAACAAAACGCGUACGAUGGACACAAACGGAAUGUAAUACAAUAAUUACAGCAUUUAAACAAGAAAUGUCAGAACGACGUUUACCAUCAGGAAAACAAAUGGUAGAGGUUAAAAUGAAAAAUAAUUGUUUAAGUCGUCGUUCCAUUCCUCAAAUUAGAAGCUGGAUUCACAAUCAAAUUUCAAGAAAAUCUAAACCACGUGCUAAGGAUCUUGAUAGCGAGAGAGAAUAAGAUUUAUCUAAAUUAUUUUCGAAAAUAAAAUUGAACAUCGUUUAAAAUACUUCUGCAGUAAAUACAUAAGAUUUAGCA